AAAAAAUCCACUAAUCUUCAGCCUCUGGUUGCAUCUGAAAUGGAGCACAUGCUGCGAAAGCUACGGGAAUUGCAGGCUCAAUCUGAUGGCCUCCAACUGGAAUUAAAGAGAAAGGAAAGUCAUUUGAACGUGCAGCAUAUAGCAAGAGAACGACUUAGUAGCCAGCUCCAUGUGGCAGAUGAGCAUCAUUCAAGAGAGAAGCAGGCUUUGGUAGAAGAAAUCAUACAACUGAAGAGACAGAAGGUACACAAAGACAGGCUUAUCUCUGCAAAGGAGAUGGAGAUACUGCGUGCUAAGCAAGAACUGGAACAGAAAAAAAUGAACCUGAAUAACAGUGAACAGGCUAUCCUUGUAUUACAGGCGAAGGUGAAGCACCAGUCUGAACAGGAGAGAAUGAUGGAGAUGGAGCUUUCUGAAAAAAGAGAAGAGUUUUUGAAACUCCAGUCUACUGUGCAGACAAUGGAAGAUAAAAUCUUCAUGAAAAUAGCAGCAGUGCAAGAACACAUCACUCACAAACUACGAAAUGAGAUAUCUUUCCUUCAUCAACAAAUACGACAGAAGGAGCUUCAGGCAGAACAGAAGUGUCUCUUAAGAAGUAAAAUUAUGGAUGAUUAUGCAGCCUUGACCAAAGAGAAUGCUACCCUUCAAACACAGCUAUUGGAACUUAACAAGCAAAUGGACAUUGAGAGAGCUCUCCAGGAGGAGAGUUAUACAUCCCACACAGCUAGCAUUGCUCAGUGUUUGAGAGUGAAAGACCACCAAGAGAAUCUGCAACGAGAGAUCAAAAGGCACCAGGAACUUCUCAAGCAGGAAAAGAACACCUUGCAGGACCUUAAGGAAGAGAUUAGCAAUUUGGAAAACAGAAAUAGAUAUCUCUAUUUAAGUGUUACAACAAUAAACAGCCAAGUAGCUGAAAUGAGAGCUAUGGUGUCCAAAGAGGAGCAGAAUCAGCUUCAGCUAAAAAGAGAUAAAGCUUUGCUGAUUGAUCUUAUAUCCACCCUAGAAAACAAGCUUGCUGGGAAAGAAACCAGUUUCCUGCAAGCAUCCACAAGGAUGCUGCAACUGGAUGAAGCAAUUUCAAGCAUUAAAAACAAAGUAUGUGCUGCAUCAGUCCCUUGAAACAAAAAAAUUAGAGGGAAUCUCUGAAAUGGCAGAUUCCAUAAAGA